AUGAAAGCCAGCAGGGCCUCAGGCUUGCCAGACCCCUACAGCCGAAUCAAACUCUUUGCAGACUUAUCUGCAGCGACGCUACAAUUCAGGAAGAACCUAACCCCAGUGACAACCACACUGAGAGACCACAACAUCGCUUACCGAUGGGGUUACCCCGCCAAGCUCCUGAUUCACUACAGAGAUGCCCUACACGCCAUUCCGACACUGGAACUAGGAAUCGCCAAGCUACAAUCCUGGGGCCUCCAAAUGCCUGAGGUACACCGACAUCUCCCUUCCAAGGUCCCAAGACUUUCCCCGGAGUGGACUGUGAACUGA